UGUAAGUUAAGAGCGACUUCCGCACGUGUCUGAUUUUGCUAAGGGGCUGCACGAUUUGGUGACAUUAACCCCUUUACAAAAUUUAACUUGGCCUUUCGAGGAUAACUCAGGUAGUUGAAUUUUCCUUCGUACUAAAAUGGUAAAGAAUUGAGCGAAAAAGAAAGAAACGGUUACGGAGAGUAAGCGAGGUACAGGAUCGGAGUUGGAGCUUGACUGCUGCUCUGAGCUGAACCGAGAACCACUGAACAGUAAAUACACCACGACGGAGUUACCUCCCACUCUGAGAGGACAAUCCAGCUUUUUCCUACUGAGGACAAUGGACUCAGAUUUAGAGGAAUGGAGUCUCUGAGAUCUCACACUACAGACGUAUUGAUGGAAUUAAAGGAAGAUGAGCUUAAACGCUUUUGGAAGAAGUUGGAUUCAGUUGAACCAAAGCACCAUUGUAAGCAUAUCCCAUUAGGCAAACUGGAACAAGCUGAUAACUCUGUUGACACAGCUGGUGAACUUGCCCAUCUUAUGACUGGCUACUAUGGAGAAAAAGCUAUUGAUGUUUUAUUAGAUACUUUGGACGAAAUUGGAAGAAAGGACUUGAAGAAUAAAGUUAAAGAUUUUAUGUUAUGUGAAGGUGGAUGCAAGGAGCAUUCAAAAAGAAGGAAAAUUGAUUACAAUAGUCAGUACAGAGAUGAAAUAAAACACAAGCUGGAAAAAAUAAGAGAAUACAAUAGCCUUCCAGGAGAAAGAGUGGACUUCAAUGCUAGAUACACCAAACUUACUCUUAUAAAGAAGCAUCAACAGCGAGAUGACAAGGAGAAGGAGUUGAAAGAAAAGGGUAAAAAACACACAAUUCUAAUGGAAAAGCAUAGAAAUAUGAGCAUUGAUGUUGAGAAUCUCUUUUCACCUGUUGAUGAAAAAGAAGAAGAAAGGAAAAAAGAGCCAAAAACUGUUGUCAUCCAAGGUCCUGCAGGAAUUGGAAAGUCCUUCACUAUUCAUAAAAUCAUGCUUGACUGGGCCUGUGGUAAACUAUUCCAUGAACGAUUUCAGUAUGUAUUUCAGCUACGAUGCAGAGAACUGAAAAUUAAUAAAAACGACAGUCUGGAUGACCUGAUUCUCACAUGUUCUGACAGUUUAAAACCUGUUUUACAAGAGAUAUUGUGUGAGCCUGAAAAUCUCCUAUUCAUUUUUGAUGGGUUUGAUGAACUUAAACUUCCUUCUGGCAAAGCUGAUGACAGAAAUCAAGAAGAGAUGGCUUCAAGUACAGUGAUAAAAUUGUUGAACAGGAACAUCAUGUCGCGGGCAUCACUGCUAAUUACCACACGACCCACUGCUUUACAAGCGAUUGAUGAAAUGGUAAAAAUUGACCGUUAUUCAGAAAUUGUUGGUUUUUUAGAAGAUGAAAUCAGGGAGUAUUUUAUAAAAAGUUUUCAAGACCAAGAUAAGGCACUUAGUGCAUUUAACAUCAUUAAAGGUAAUAAUGUCGUACUUUCAAUGUGCUUUGUUCCUCUUGUCUGUUGGAUCGUUUGUUCAAUCAUGAAAAAGGGCACUGAGUGCGGUGAUGACCUUAUGAAAAAUAUGAAGACGGAUUCUCAAGUUUUAUUACAUUUUAUAAAUAAAUUACUGGAACAUCAUUGCAGCACAUCUGAAAAGACAGCAUUUAUUGAAAAGGUCUCCAGAUUAGCCUUUGCUGGAAUUAAAGAAGAGAAGCUUGUCUUCACGGACAAAGACUUGAGUAGGUUUUCAAUUAACUCCUCUGGCAGUGAGUCAACAUUUUUCAGUAAGUUGUUUUACAAGACAGAUAUUGAUGCCAAAACUGUUUACCAUUUUCUGCAUUUAAGUGUUCAGGAGCUGUUUGCUGCAAUGUAUUUUGCUUCCCACUCGUCAAGCGGGGAAAUUGCUGAACUAUUAAAUGACUGCUUGGAUACUAACAAUGGUAAUCUCAUCCAUGUGGUGCGCUUUGUCUUUGGUCUCACUAAUGUGAAAUCAAAGGAAAUAUUUGAAGAGUUUCAAAUGUGGUCAUCUGCUGAACUGAAAACGUGUUUGCAAUCCUGGAUACCAAAAGCAGUAGAGUGCUACAGAGUCAAAAGCCCCUUCCUCCUGCAACUUUUAUAUUGUUUAUAUGAGAUGCAGGAACCACAACUGGCUGCUCAUGCAAUGACAAUACUUUCUCAGAUUACACUACGAGGAUGUCCACUAAGUAGCAUUGACUGCGCUGUUAUUAAAUAUUGUAUUGAACAAAGUUCUGUAGUAAAAGAGAUUGAUGUGUACAACUGCCACUUGACUGAGGAUGAAGUGAAAAUGUUGUGGGGUAUUCUUCCUAAAUGUCAGUCUGUAAGGCUGAAUGCGGACAAAAUUACUGAAAGCACGUUGAAAUUAAUUUGUGGAACACUUAACUCUCAAACAUACCAAUGGAUACAGCUAAGUGUAAAAAAAAGUGAAAAUGUGUUCAAUCUAUCUUUUGAAGCUGGGAGCCACGAGAAUGAUUCAAGUAUUUCACUGUCUUGUAUCUGUGAGUCACUUGUGGAGCAGUUUUUGAAGAACACAAUUCCAAAAUAUAAACCAACAUCCAUCAGUAUUUCUGGUGAGCUUGGUGAGAGGACAAUAACAUAUUUGAGAAAAAUGCUGAAAAAUGAAAAUUUAAUGCUGGAAUCCCUAAGAAUUGAGGCUACAUUUCUAAAUGACCAGUUAAAUGCAGUUAUCUGUGGCCUGAUAUCAUUGGACAGCAAAGCAACUUUUGUUUCAUGGCGAUUAUGUCACGCUGGUGAAAACAGGAUUAUCUUGCAACAUGAAGCCGGUAGCUACUUUACUGGAAGAAACUAUUGGCUUAAUGGAUUUGAGGAAGAUUAUGAAGAAAAUGAAAAACUAGAAAGAUAUGAAGAAAAACUUUUACAAGAAGAAAAGUGUUUGCACAGGCUUUCAGUCUCUCACAUUGAUGAAUCAACUCUGAUGUGCAUAUGUGAAUUAAUAAUCCCCAAAUGUAAACCUAUUGACAUUGACGUGUCUGGUCCAAUUGGUGAAGGAACACUCAGGCUCAUUCUUGAAAUGUUGAUAGCUGAGGAUUACAAACCUAUGGAUCUCAGACUCCAUGCUCAAGGCGAAAAGGAUGCUGAAGUUAACAUUGACUAUACCAUCAUGUUUGAAAUAAUCAAAAUGGAAAGUGGAAGCUGGGAUUUAGUUUGUGAUGAUGAAAUCAACUAUAAACCAGAAGAUAGUCCAUACUAUUCGGAAUUCAGAAUAUACAGCCGUAUUUUCAAUGACCCUAGCUUGAUUCAUAGUAUCCAGAUACUAAUUCAGAAGUAUAAACCUUGUAACAUUGACCUGAAAGGUGAACUGGGUGAAAAGACAGCCGGAUGCAUAAGUGAAAUCUUAAAAAAUAAAGAAUACAUUCCCAAACAAGUGAGUAUAUCUAGUGAAAAUAUGACAGAAGCUACAGCAUUGAAACUGUGCAGCAUUUUGUCUGAGGAGCACAAAAUGAAAAAAAUCAGCUGGGUAGUGACUCAAGGAAUUUUUUUUUAUCUUAUGUUUAAUAAAUUAACAGUGGAAUAUAAGAUUGAUCAGUUUUAUACAAGGUUCUCUGUUUUUCAUGUUUCUGAAUGUAACAUGAUAAACGUAUGCAAAAUGAUUAUUCCCAAAUUUAACCCUACAUAUAUUUCUCUGGAUGGAGAUUUUGGUGAAAAAGCAGUAAAAUCUAUUACCAAUGUAUUACAACAUUCAAAUUACACCCCCAGAUCUGUAAGCUUGUGGAUGAGUGGCAAAAAUGAAGCUUCACCAGAAACUAUUUUCAGUGUUCUCCCUGUAGACAACACAAUAAGCUGGGACCUAAGUUUAAGUGCUGAAAAUUGCUCUGCUGUGAAGAUUGAAACUGACAGGAAUGAAUCAAGGUUGUUAAUCCGUAAUGUUUCUGAAUCCAAAACAUUGACUAUCUGCAGAAUAAUAAUUCCAAAGUGUAAUCCAGCAGUAAUCAGUCUGUCUGGAGAUCUUAAUAAAGAAGCAGUAAAUUCUAUUACUGAAAUAAUAAAGGAUGCAAACUACACUCCUAAAGAAUUAAGCAUAUGCAGUGAACAUUUGAAUGACACAGCAGUGGAACAUAUCUGCAGCACUCUGUUUGCAGGAAAACAAACAAAUGUAACCUUAGAUUUAUUUCAGAGUGGAGAAAAUAGCAUAACAUAUGGAGCUACGUUUGAAUCUUCAGAUGAAAUUGAUGGUUUACAAAUAAGGUUUUCAUUUAAUCACUCUAAUGUGAUAUGUAACUACCAGGAAAUAAUCUCAAAGUAUAAACCCAAAGACAUCAGUCUGUCAGGUAAUUUUGAUAAAGUGACCGUAGAGACCAUCAUUAAAAUUCCAGAAGAUAAAGGUUACUCUCCUGACUGUCUAAGAUUAAAGAGAGGUGUCCUGAGUGAAAGCAUAGCUGUGGGUAUCUGUGACAUUCUGACUUCACACAUUACACUGAAAAAUGUAAAUUUUGAAUUGUCUGUUGUUGAUGAUGAGGAAAAUAUCACAUUAAAAUAUGAAGCUGGAACCUCAAAAUCUGGCCUGUUGUUGUCUGGUGUCUCUGAAGACAAUGCAAUGGAAAUCUUCAUAAUGGUAAUCUCUAAAAAUAAACCUGAUGACAUCAAUCUGUCUGGUGAGUUUAGUGAAGAGACAGUCACAUUCUUCAUUGAAACACUAAAAAAUGAAGACUACAUACCUAAUUGCAUAAGGAUAACUAGUGGCCGCAUGAGUAAUCUGUCAACAGAAAACAUUUGCAGUCUUCUUCUGGCAGAAAACAAAUUGAAAAGUAUGAACUGGAAAAUAUCUAAUCAUGAUUAUAAUUAUUUUUCUGAUUUGUCAAACAUUACGUUUGAUUAUGAAGCUGAAGGAUCAAAAUUGAGAUUUUCAAUCUGCAACUCAAAUGAGUCUGAAGUGAUGGAACUCUGCAAACAAAUACUUCCAAAAUAUAAACCCACAGAAAUAGACCUAUCUGAUUCAGUUGGUGAAAAAACAUUUAAUGUAAUCUAUGAAAUUCUGAAAGCUGCAGAUUAUGCUCCUAGCCACCUAAGGAUGGGCAGUUGUAUCCUAAAGGACAUAUCAAUGUUAAAUAUCUGCACCCUAUUGGCUUCAGACUGUCAAAUGAAAAACAUGAGCUGGAAACUAGAAGAAAUUGAUGGUUAUGAGGAAUGGGGUAUUUAUGAAAGAAAAAGCUGGAUAUCUCUGAAGCAUGGAGCUGGCAGCUCCGAAGCAAGUUUUUCACUGUCAGGUGUUAAUGAAUGUAGCACAAUAGAAAUUUUAAAAAUUGUCAUCUCAUCUUAUAAACCUGUAAGAAUCAAAGUAUAUCAACCACUUGGGGAAGAGGCAAUAAAAACAAUUAUUGGAUUAUUGAGCAAUGAAGAAUAUACCCCCAAAUUUCUGAGAAUUGCGAGUAAGCACUUGACAAGCGCAUCAGCUGAGAGUAUCAACACCAUUCUGUCUUCAUAUAAUAAAAUGAAAAUUGUAAGAAAGCCUGAGCCCGAAUGUUGAAACACAAAUGAAUCCUAAGCAGAAGACAUCACUUCCUCUUCAAACCAUUCCCUCCUUCACCACAGAAAUUAAGGAUUUACCCUGAAAACUUGAUAAAAUGGAGUCAUUUUUGGAACUGCAUUAUUCUUUUACCUAUCGUAUUCCAACAUGACACAAGUAACAUUUGUUAUGUUCAACUUUAAAGUUUGGAAAAUGAAACAGACCAAUUUGCCUGCUGGGGCAUUGUGACCACUGUACGUGAAUGCAGAACUAAAGUCAUGAAUAUAUCCUUAGAAUUUGUAAAAUAGUUUAUAAAAAAAAACUUUUAUUAAAGUGUCAAAAACAGUAAAAUGGUUAAGAUUGCUUAUUGUGAUGUAUGGCUUUAAAGUAUUCUUUUUUAAUACCUUAAUAAUUUCUCUCAUAUUCACAUCUUUAAAAGAAGACACUUGGGGUGAGUGCAACGCACAUGCAUAAAGUUUAAUAAAAUGAAAUUGAAAGUUCAGGCUCAGUCUUGUAAGUAUAGCGCAAUUAGCCUACAGCUAAUACAAAGUAGUAAAUUAUAGUUAUAAUUCAUUUGGAAGGGGGGAGUGCUGGGAAUGUUUGGACCCUUCCUAAUUGUCUUGCAAUGUUUUCCAAAGGGUUACAUUUGCCAUUAAAAUUGUUACCAUUGUAAAAGUGGUUGUCUUAGAAUUUUAAGGGAAAUUCUGGUCAAAGAUUGUGCAGGACUUAGAAAGUGUCUGUGAAAGGAAUAUUCUGCAAAACAUGACCCAGGAAGGUGUUUGUGUGGAAGAUUAGAAUGUGCUGGAUGUGGUUUUGGUGUCUGCUGGAUCACUUAGGUGUGAACAUAAACCAAAGCUGCUUUUGAGACAGCUGAGGACUUGGCUAAAUACAAUGAAAAAGAGAAUGAUUUUUUUUAAUAAAAGGGCUUAGUGUUGAAAUCUGAGAGUCAGACUUGUAGACACGCAUUUAUGAUUAGAAUUUGAAAUAGCAAUAAAGAUAUUGGACUUUUAACCACAA